GCCCGAGUGGGGGUUUGAAGAGACCUUUACCAGCCCUUCUUCUCUUUCAAUUUAUAGGUCCUCCAUAUACACACCCACCCACCUACACAUAGACAGCGGGAGCAGCAGCAGCAGCAGCAGGGCAAAGUAGACAAAGUCAGGAUGUGACAUCACCAACAGGAAGAGAAGCCAAACAACUUUUUCUCCCCUCACUGUGACUCCGUCUCUGCAGCCGAGGGAAGUUGGAGCCUCUCGGUCUGGCGUGGCCGGUGGGGAGGGAGAAUUUCCAACGGAGGGAGAAGACCCAGAGGGGCUCGAGAGGAGGGGAGGGUGGGGGGGGUACAGAGUGGCUGGAGCUGACCUCCACAGGGAAUUUGAAAGGAUCCAACGUCAAAAAUCAUUCCUGAAGUUCCCAUGACUUGCCAGCCUGACUCCAGACUCUCCAGGAUUUCAGCCAGGGACGGCCUCGCCAUCUGAAAACAAGCGCCCGUGCAAUCUUUGCAUGACAGACGCUGACCCCGCAUGACCUGAUUUCAGAGCUGCCACCAGCCUGCUUCCCUCGCUCAGGAAGGUCACCCUCUACAAAACUCAAAACUAAUCAUCAUUCUGGAGCGCUCAUUCUCCCCUUAUCUCGGGGGAAACGUCAAAGUCAAUGGCGUUGUGUCUUGGACAAGUGUUCAGCAAAGACAAAACAUUCAGGCCAAGGAAGCGGUUCGAGCCCGGCACCCAGCGAUUUGAGCUGUACAAGAAGGCCCAGGCCUCGCUCAAGUCCGGCCUGGACCUGAGGAAGGUGGUUCAGCUGCCAGAGGGAGAGAACAUCAAUGACUGGAUCGCCGUCCACGUGGUGGAUUUCUUCAACCGGAUCAACCUGAUCUACGGCACGAUGAGCGAGUACUGCACCGAGCGCACGUGUCCCAUCAUGUCCGGGGGGCUGAGGUACGAGUACAGGUGGCAGGACGGGGACGACUACAAGAAGCCCACCAAGCUGCCCGCCCUCAAGUACAUGAACCUGCUGAUGGACUGGAUCGAGUCCCUCAUCAACAAUGAGGACAUCUUCCCCACCAGAGUAGGUGUACCCUUCCCGAAAAACUUCCAGCAGGUGUGCAAGAAGAUCCUGAGCCGCCUCUUCAGAGUCUUCGUGCACGUUUACAUCCAUCACUUCGACAGCGUCUGCAGCAUGGGCGCAGAGGCCCACAUCAACACCUGCUACAAGCAUUACUACUACUUCAUCACAGAGUUCAACCUCAUCGAUCACUCUGAGCUGGAGCCCCUGAAAGCGAUGACGGAUAAGAUCUGCAAUUGAACAGAACCACAUGGACAAAGGAGUUUACAUUUCCGACGUUAUCUGAGCCCCGUGAAAAAACACCAGCUUCAAAGACACUCAAAACAAAGAACUUUUAGAUUUUUCUCAUAUAUUUGCAUGAGUGUUUUUUGUAACACACUUCUUCAGAUGGUGACGCUGUACUUUCACACGUGUGUUUACUUUACAGUGCAGUGAUGCCAUCUUUGUGGACUUUGUAUUGCUUUAUAAUACUGCAUGUCCUUAACCCUUUCCUUUACUGCAUGUAUGUUUGCGUCCGACCUUUUUUAUAAGUUUAGAUAUGCAUUGUUGAUUAUUUUUCGACCAAUCAAAGUUUGUAUUUUACUUGAUGUUUUUUCUAGUUUGAACUUGACAUAAAAAAUACAGCCUGAAAAUGACCAAAGA